AUGGUCAAAACCAUUUGCACUCGUCAAACGAUUUAUCUAAUCAUUGCAAUAGCUAUUGCUUUGAUUGGCAUCUUUCUCGUCGGACCUUUCUACUUUGUGCUUUUCGGGAAAUUAGUGGAAACACAGAUUCCGUUGAAAGAAAACGAGGACGGUUCCUAUUCGAAGCUCACUUUUUAUUGGCAAUCUUUUCCUGUGGACGAAUAUUGGAAACAUUUCCUCUUUAACAUCACAAAUGCUGAUGAGUUUAUUUAUGAGAAUGCGAUGCCGAGAUUGGUCGAAGUUGGACCGUACACAUACAAAGAAUGGGAAUUCAAGCAAGAGGUCACCUUUUUCGACAACGGCAACAUGGUCUACUAUAAGAAUAAUAAAUCGUGGGCAUUCCAACCGGAUCUUAGCUGUAAAUAUUGUCUUUAUGGCGACUACAUCAUGAUGCCGAAUCCAGCUUUCAUGGCAGUGGUCGGCGAGAUGUUCAAAUGGAAUCAAACCUCGGGAGCGAACAAUUUCAUUCUAAAUCUGGCCACAAUGUUGGUCGGGGAAUAUCCAUUGCGAAAGAUUCCAAUCGCCGGGAUCUUAUUCGAUUCCUACAAUGAUCCACUGAUCGAUGUGAUCAACAGUCCUCUAUACAAUCUCCUCCUCGACAAAAACGGCUUCAUUUUUGGUGUGAAGAUUCCAGUGAUCCCGGCUCUUGGAUAUUUCCCGCAUUUCAACCACACUUGUGACGAGGACUACGUUGCUUAUACGGGUAAAGAUGAUGUGAAGAACACAGGGAAAAUCGUGCGCUGGGCCGGGAAUACGUCGCUGAAUUGGUGGAAAGGAGAUUAUGCUUCGUCGCUCGAUUGUUCGGAUGGUUCCUUCAAUACUCCAAAUCUCAAAAAGGAUCAAGAGCUGAAGCUUUUCCAAUCGCUUGGAUGUAGAACUUUCCGCUUUAAAUACGAUAAAAAGGGAAAUGUUGGUGGGAUUCCGACACUUGACUACAAGCUAAAAACUGAUGAAUUCGACACGACUUUAGAGAAAAAUUGGGGUUAUCGAUAUGAGAAUUACGAGAAAAAGGAUUACGUUCCCAGCUGGCCGUGUGGCUUGAAUAAACCCUAUAAUCCGAAUCAAAAACAAUGUGACGCAAUGGAUUGUACACUUUACGAAAAUUGGUGCGACGAUUGCUGUAAUGGAACCCACUACAAAGACACGGUCUUUAUGCCGCCUGGAAUCGUUCCGAUGAGAUGUCAACCGGGUCGAACCGUCGAGGUCCCAUUCGCCGCUUUUAUCUCACCACCGCACUUCUUGUGGUCACCGGAUGAGGUGACAAAAUCGAUGGUCGGCCUUGCGCCAGAUCCGGUAAAACACGAUCCGAGUUUAUUCCAAGUGCAUGGACUAUCGGGAGCGGCGGUGAAAGGGCUAAUUCGACUCCAAAUCUCGAUCCCGCUCUACCAAGACAAGGCACUUUUAAUGAUGAGACAUCUCCGUAACGCGAUCAUCCCAUGUGCAUGGAUUGAAUUGACUGUUGAGAUGAAAAGCUUUGCGCAUCGCUUCAUGAAGUUAGUGAUGGUGACGAUCCCGCGAAUCAUUUUAGGCAUCGGAAUUUCGCUUAUCAUUCUACCAAUAUUAGCUAUUGUUCUCUACAUUUCUUGGGGACAUUGGCGAAAAAAGACGAAACAACAGGGAAAGAUUGAGGCGCCAUUGAUCGAGCAGAGUGAAGCAAAGCAAAGUGAACGAAAUGAUGAAUGGCAA